AGGAAACCUCUCUCCGCUCCAACAAGUCUUGCGAGAAAUGAGCUGCCAAUGAGUCACACUCAAGGUCAUCAGCCAACACAUUUUGGCCUGAGGGUCUUCUAGGGGGUUGGGCCUCCUCACCAACAUGAAAGGGAUGGGGACCAAUCGUAACAGACACUUGUCUGACUCCUGCGAUCCAUCGUUGGGCCAUCCAGAGGCCCUGUACCCUCAGAAGACCAGCACCCUGCCUCGCAGCCCUUACUUGCUGAGCCCUACAAUGGACCACUACGGCACCAUGGACCCCCAUCUCUACCCCUCAACCAACCCGGCAUCCUUUCCACCAGACUGCAUGCUGCCUCUCAACAACCAACUCUCAAACAGCAACACCUUCUCUGGGAUUCAUUACAACUCUUAUGACCAGUCUGACUUCUCCCCACCUGGAGACAGUAUUGGAGGGAUAAGCACAGGGACAAUGGGGACAUCCAUGUCCAUGGGCAUGGGAACGGGCAUGGGCAUGGCAGGGAUGGGUGGACGACGAGCUAUGAUUACAAGUGGCUCAGCAACUAUAUCACACCAUAUGACUAAGAACCAGCCACCACCCAGUCUGCUGGAGUUUGAGAAGCAGUUACCUGGAGGACGUGAUGGAUUCAGCACAUUGCAGUUCCACCGAUCAUCUGCCCUCACUGCCGCCAAGCAGCGCACAGACAGUCCCGGUCGCAUUCGUUACAUGCUGCACUCAGUGCAGAAACUCUUUGCAAAGUCCCAGUCACUGGAACACCAAACCAUGAAAGGAAAUCUCAACGGACGCUCCACGAGCAGCGGUGGAGGCUCGUCCGGCACCGAGGACGGAGGGAAGCAGAAUCGCAGAGCCAAAAGUAAAGAUCGGGGUACAAAGUCAGACGCUGCCAAGAGACGACCACGCUCCAACAUGUCGGGUUACUGGAGCUCAGACGAUUUGGACAGCAGCGAUCUGAGCAGCUACCACAACACCAUGGCCAUGAUGACUCUAGGGCGUUCAAGUGGCCAUGACAGCCAAAGCAGAUACAUUCACAGUGGCUACAACACGAUCAGCUCCUCAAAAAGCAGUAACGACAUGAAGUAUCAGGCACUUCCUGUGCCUGCGGGUGGAGGCGGUGGUGGUACUGGAGGUAUGGUUAUAAAUGAUAAUGACUAUAUGAAAGGAGGCUCCUGGUCCACACUGACCAUGGGUCACCCAAGACAGGUGAUCCAGAAGGGCUCAGCAACUCUGGAUAGGUCCAUGCUCAAGUCCAAAUCCUGCCAACAGGAACUAACCUGCAACUAUCUGCAGGUUGGGAGAAGGGGUGAUUGGAGUAGCACAUUAGGCCACAGCGGGGGAGCCAUUGAAAUCCCGUGUCGGCGGAUGCGCAGUGGUAGCUACGUGAAGGCCAUGGGAGACAUCGAAGACAGCGACGACUCAGAGGGAAGCCCAAAACCCUCUCCAAAAGCUGCUGCUCGCCGCCAGAGCUACCUCAGGGCCACGCAGCAGUCUCUGAGCGACCAGCUACCCCCACACAACAGAACCCUGGAUUAUUCCUUGUUUCAGGGGGAGCUGGAUGCCCUGUGGUCUCCGCUCCACAGUGUGUCCUCUCUGCACCAGCUGGGCAGGUCAAUGAGCAGCUGUCUUCCGUCUCUCAGAGAGCUCUCCAAUAACCGCAGCCUCGACAACCUCGACUGCAUCGAAGACACGGGCUUGUCUCUACCACGCUGGGACGAUGACGACCUUAGUCAGGCCUGCAGCACCUUGGGCAGACGUAGCUGCAUGGGACAGCUGCGGGAUUUGCAACAAAUGAGGCACCAUUACGAGGAUCGCAGCUCAGAGUCCACAUACAGAGAUUCCCGUACCCAUUCUCAGGACAACACAGAGCCUUCAGACUUGCCCAUGCCCACAUGCUUCCGUUCCCGCAGCCACAGCUACCUGAGAGCAAUCCAGGCCGGCUGUUCUCAAGAUGACGACACAGCGUCUGUAGACUCAGGCUGCUCACCUCCUCCGGCUGACUCCACUGUCCGCACCUACAGCACCAGCACCGACGAUGAUUCUACCCAGUGGAGGACAUGGAAAGAACAGUUUGGCUCUUACCUGAGAGCCACAGGCUUGGACAAAGCCCCAAAGGAGAAACAGCUAGCAAUUUUUCUGCAUCAUUUUGGGACAGACAGACCACGCAUCCUACCCUCACGCACAGUCUCCACAUUCAUAUCCACCUCUAAGAAGACUGCUCCUCCGCCAGUUCCACCCCGGACGACGUCCAAGCCCUACAUCUCCGUGACGGUACAGAGCAGCACAGAGUCAGCCCAAGACAACUACCUGGAUCAGCAGGACCGGAGGUCAGAAGUCAACAGCCAGUCUAGCCACGCCCACAGCAACUCCUCUGACAGCCUUGACAGCACCCGUGCCAACAGCCUGGCCCGGGGUAUUCCCCGCCCUCCGCACAUCAUUCCCACUCCUGUUGCCAUCCCGAGAGAUCCCAUCGCCCCCGCCACGGCCAAUGCUUCCACUGAGACAAGUGACUGUGUAAUCCAGCAUGACUCCCUGAAAUCAGGAUUUAAUAAAGUGAAUCUAGUGGCAGAGGAGCCUUUCGUGGCGCCACUACCCAGACGGAAACUCUCCUCCAUUGGCAUACAGGUUGACUGUAUUCAGGAAGUUCCACGAGAGGAGACCCCACCGCUUGCCAAAUUCCAAUCCAUCGGAGUGCAGGUGGAGGACGGGUGGCAGAUCAGUUGCUCCAGUAGCAUGGCCUCAAAACAAGACCCAGACUCAGGCACACAGGACGCCCCUGUCAUCUCACACGUCAGUCAUACCAAACCCACUGAGAAAAAAGUCAUGGUCAAUAGUGCUAGCCAAUCCAUGACUUCCCCUCCCGGACAAGACUCUUUAGACCGCGGAGACAAUUCCAAUGACCCUUCUUCACCCCCACCGCCCAGGCAGAUCCUCAACCGCUCCACCACAAGAAGUAGCUCUUCCUCCUUCUCAGAAAGUCUGGACCCAGCUUUGGACCCCUCGUCUCUUCCACCUCCUGACCCCUGGCUGGAGAGUGGGAGUGGCAGUACCAGCAGUGUGUCGCACAGUGGAGGAUCGGGGACACUGUGUCAGGGAGACGGCCACUGGUUCCUCAAACUGCUGCAGGCAGAGACGGGACGUAUGGAAGGCUGGUGCCAGCAGAUGGAGCAGGAGACCAAAGACAACCAGCUCUCAGAGGAAGUGCUGGGAAAGGUUCGCAGUGCAGUGGGAAGUGCCCAGCUCCUCAUGUCCCAGAAGUUCCAGCAGUUCCGGGGACUGUGUGAACAAAACGUGAAUUUGAAUGCCAAUCCACGAACCACAGCCCAAGACCUGGCUGGUUUCUGGGACCUGCUGCAACUCUCCAUCGAGGACAUCAGCUUCAAGUUCGAUGAGCUCUACCACCUCAAGUCCAAUGACUGGCAGCACAUGCAGUCGACAGCUGCCCAGUCGCCCCCUGAGCGGAAGGACGGGGAAAAAGUGGUUCCUGCAGCAUCAAAGAAGCCUGGUAAGGGGCGGCCAUUGCUGGGCCGUGAGAAGAGCGCUGACUCGCCGUCGACCUCUUCCUCUUCCUCGGCAGAGAAGCAAAAACAGGAGGCUCGCAAGCGUCUGCUGGCUGCCAAAAAGGCCGCCUCAUUUCGGCAGAACUCCGCUACAGAGAGCUCAGACAGCAUCGAAAUCUACGUCCCUGAGGAUCAGACUCGCCUCUGAGAGAGAUAGUGACCAAAUAGAAGAAGGAUGUGGGUUGGAUCAAAGGAUAGAUAUGUGUCACCUGGAAAAAAGUAGAGUAGAGGAGAACUUUGGCAAUGCAAAUGAGCUACUCAAGAGUCAACAUGGAUGGAAGUGGGGGAGGAGAGAUAAGAACCCCACAGAUGGGGGUGGGGGUCAAAUUGGGCAUUUGUGCCACAUCCAUGCGGUUAUAGGCUGGUCCUAGUGGAAUCAUACACUAUUAACUAACUAAUCAGUAAAUGAAACAUUUAACUUGAUGACUCUUGUGGACUCUAAAGCAAGAGACUUGUCAUUUGAGGCUGCCAUUGAAAAUCUCAGUUGAAGAACUUUGUCGUUUCUUGUUACUACUCUUGAUAUCAUAAAAUUGUUAAUGAGGGUUUUGUUAUUGCGGCGAUUAUAUCUUAAUUAAUCUACACAAAGACUGUUUAAAAUGCUCCUGUCUUGGCUACGAGGUGAAGUAUGUUGACAGACGAUGGGCAUGAAUGCUCCUCCUUGUCCAGUCAUUGUCCUCUCGUCCCAGAUCAUCGGCCAUCCUGUAGCUUUUGCACAACGCCACCCUGUGGCCAUCACAAACACUGCAUCCACGGCAAGUCACUCCACUAACGUCACACCUAUGUACGUCUUCCUUGUAUGUAUUCGUUUGCAUUAUUCACCCUUUUCUUUGUUGUGUAUGAAAUCUAUUUAGGUCUGGUUCGUGUGAAUAUUUCUGGGGUGUGAUGACAGUCAAAGUCAGGGGAAUUGUUCGUUCACUUCCUUAACGCCAGUGUGUGUUUCCAAAAUGUUUUAAAGCACUGGUGAGAAUUUGUUUGGUUUCUGAAUUUGUUUUGAAUGUAAGUGCAUCUCGAGCAUGAGGAUCUCAGUAUCGGUGAGACUGGCCACAGUUUUAUUGAAUAUUGUUUUUGUGGAGGAAAAACCAUCCUCUUUAGUCUAUUUUGAUUCUCUGUUCCACUAACUUCUUGUUUGAGCUGUACCUGCAGAUGUGUAGGUACAUACAGUAUGUCAGUCUGUUAAAGUGCUUUUAUUAGCCUCACUUAGCAUCCAACUCAUACAUUUACAAAUCAGUUGGCUGUUUCUGAAUGAAUACAGCAGGCUCAGUUUGCAGGAUAGUGUUGCUCACAUUAGUUUUACUCUUAUUUUUAUACUGUUUUCAAAAAGCAAUUGUUUUAUUUGCAUCAUCACUCAAAACAUGUCUUAGUUUUUAUUUUGUUGUUAUUAGCAAUUCUCCUCUCAUUUAAAACCAUCCAGAAGUAACUGCACUUUAUUUCAAGGAUGGACAAUAUUAAAUUAAAGAAUUGCAUACAUUA